ACAUUUAGAAAAAAUCAUUACUGGUGUGCAUUUUAAGACAAAACAAUGGCACUGACAUGUUUGAAGAUCAGUCCGUGGAAGUUUCUUUUAGCUGAAAUAGGUCAGAUUUAUAUAUAGUCUAGGACUAGGCUUAAGCCUCGUCUGUGAAACUGGGGGUAAGGCUGGUAAAAGUGUGUCAACAUACCAACUUUAGUGAAGUACGUGACAAAAAUGCCCUUAUCGCUCACACUGUGUUCUUUCUUAUCUCUCUCUCUCUCUCUCUCUUUCUCUUUCCUUAAUGUUAGUAGUUUUUGACUUUUGAGAUGCCAUUCUUGAAAUGAGGCGAUUCUAUCUGUCUCUCUGCAGACGGUAUGUACCAACAAAACUGUGUCACCAAUGCCAUCUGGUUCUCCCAUAAGAAAAACAUCUGUUUUAGAUUUAACACUGUCAGGUUUUUCCAUAAGGAGCUUUUGUUUUGCACCCCACAAACUGCACCUUUAAUAUUUACAAAAAGUUUAAAACAAAUGAUGCCAAACCUUGCAACGAUAUUUUUGGUCUCACUUUAUUUUAAGGUCCAAUUCUCGCUAUUGUCAAAUUAUUAAUCAUGACUUUUGCUUCAAUAAAUGCAUAAUUUGCUGAUUAUUAAUAGUAAAGGUAGCUGUUAAGUUUAGCUUUUGUUAUGGAUAUACAUUUUGGUCACACAGAGCAUGUAAAGAACUAAUAAGUAUUAAUAAACAGCCGGUAUGUUAUUAAUAGGCAUGCUCAUAAGCAACCAGUUAAGAAUUAGUCCCUAUACUGUAGUCUCACCAAUUUUUCUGACAUGUAGCAAUUACAUUUAUCCAACCCAUUUCAUUCAUAUUAAUAUAUUAACUGUUUUAACUUUUAUUUUGAACCACAUAGAAUAAAAAUCUUGAAUAUUCUGUUUGGUCAUGAUCAUUGUCGGUAUUACUUACAACAAAAUGUAAACUAUUUAUGUUUCUGCAUGAUUCAUUUGACAAAACCUGACAACGAAGUGUGUCUGAAACAAGCAUGUAAUCUUGUUUGGAAUCUCAUCAGACAGGUUUAAGAUCUGGGAGAGAGAGAAAGAGAGGGAGAGAGAGAAGGAUAGAGAGAACGAGCGCUGAGAAAGGAGGGGCUGAUCGCUCAACCAAAAGCAAACAACAUGUAAGAUUUUCGAUCAUACGCUACCUGUACAGCUGGAUACAACACGAGGACAAAGUGAGAGACCACCAGAUAAAGAAAAAAAAAAGUCUUACAGAGGCUUGGAUUCCCAGAACCCACCCAGCUGCUCCACAAGACUGAGCUGUCGGCUAAAAGAAGGAACAUACCACUGAAGUGCUCUUGCAUAACAUGUGCACACUUUAGCCAGUAGCGCCUCAUUCCAGUGUCAAACUGCUGAUUAGAGCCAUGCCAUUCUCGCGAAGCUUCCUGUCUGAAGAGCAGCUGCUGUGCUCCAUCUGUUUAGAUGUGUUUGACAAUCCCGUGUCGACGCCAUGCGGCCACAGCUUCUGCAUGACAUGCAUCGGUCACUACUGGGACUCGGUGAAGCACUGCCAGUGCCCCCUCUGCAAGCAGACCUUCAAGCGAAAGCCCGAUCUCCACAUCAAUCGAACUCUCCGCGAGAUCACUGAACAGUUCAAGCGCAUAAAGGAAAGCCCGGGGGCCUCUGGAGGGAAUGGGGCAGGUAAAGAUGCUGAGGAAGACGUAAAAAAACAAGACUCAGUAGACGGGACAGUACGGCGGGGACAACUUCCAGGGUAUCUUCUUGAGGAAAUGAAACAGCGACUCACACGGCACAGGGCACACAGCAAUUCUCAGGCCUCUCACAAUGAAAUGGGGUCUGAACUACCUGUCACGCCAAACACUGAGGGUACCAGUGACACCCAGCCGCCCGGUUUGGCCAGACAGGUAUCCCUGCGCAGGUACACCCUAAGUGGGGCGGCAGAUGCCAUCAAAGUGCCCCUUUGUCCAAAACAUCACCGUAACCUGGAGCUGUUCUGUCGAUCUGAUCUGGAGUGUAUUUGUGUUGAGUGUGGACAAACAGAGCACCAGUCACAUGACGUCACAUGUGCCGAGAAAGAGUGGCAGAUCCAUAAGAUGAAGAUCGGUAUCACAGAGACCGAGAUACAGGAGAUGACAAAAGGGAGGAUGCAGAAAGUGGACGAGAUCAAACAAUCACUAGUUGACAUCAAAAUGUUGUCAGAGCAUGAGGUUCAGCGCGGCAUGCAGCUGUUCGGAGCAGUGAUAAGCUCUCUGGAGCGCAGUCAGGCCGGGCUGAUGGAAGUGACGGAGAUAAACCGGCGCUCAACAGAGCACCGGGCUGAGCUCAUGAUCAAAGAGCUGGAGCAGGAGAUCGCAGAGCUGAGGAGGAGAAGCACGGCGCUGGCUAAACUGGCCCACACUGAAAACUACAUCGUAGGACUGAAGGACUACUCUGACGUCAGCGCUCCCAUGUCAAUGAAAGACUGGACGGGCGUCUCACUGACCUGUGACCUUGGAACUAAAGCAGUUUACACCUCUGUCUGUCAGAUACUAGAGCAGUUUAGGGAAGACCUUCAGAAAGUACCUGCAGUCUGCCUCUCUGUGUCCGCUAACCAGUCACCGCUGAAGUCACAACCAAAAGUGAAGAGAAUACAGGAAUAUGCAGUGGAAGUGACCCUGGACACCAACACGGCUCAUCCUCGACUCAUCCUAUCAGAAGACAAGAAGAAGGUGUGGUGUGGUGAAAGGCACCAACAAGUUCCCAACAACCGUGAGCGCUUUGAUCGUGUAGUUUGUGUCCUGGGCUGCGAGGGAUUCACCAGCGGACGACACUACUGGGAGGUAGAGGUGGAUGGAAAGACUGACUGGGACCUAGGAGUGGCGAGUCAUUCCUGCAACAGGAAGGGUAAGAUCACAGUCAGCCCCAGCAACGGAUACUGGUUUCUCAGCUUGCGGGACAAGAACAACUAUGCCUUCAGGACUGAACCUUCCACCUCAUUACCCCUCAGCCUGAAACCUCAAAAGAUAGGGCUGUUCGUGGACUACGAAAAGGGCCAAGUGUCCUUUUACAACGUGGACGUGAAGAUGCACAUCUACACCUUUAUGGACAACUUUACGGAGACCAUUUAUCCGUUUUUCAGUCUGUACCAACAAAACCGGCAAAAUGAGGCUCCGCUAGUGAUCACGCCUGUCCUUCUGGGCUGAACAGCGCAACCUGGAAAUGUUUUAUGAGCAAAGCUCUGGUUCAAAAUGUUGUUCGAUGAUUUAAAUGCUGCCACAUUGGCACUUCAUUUUCAUUGAUGAGAUAAGAGCUUGGGUCACCAGGAUAACCAUCCAGGUUUUAGCUUUGUUUUCUUAUUAUCAUGCCGUCUACAGUCCUCAUGCAUUGUAUGUACAGAGCCUUCACGCCACUGGUUAAACUACCUUUCAGUAACGACUUUCAGCAAACAUGAAAACAAUUACAAGGCAAAGGGAAAUCCCUGACAAUUUAGAAAGCCAGGACAUGUCCAGGACGAAAGGGCUCUAAAAACUCUUUUUCUGCCAAGAGAUAUGUUAACGGCCCUCAAACAGAGUUUUUAAUUCAUCUUUAAUUCAAGCUUAAUUCACUGCAAUCCACUAUAAUGACGAACAACCAUUACUUUUCAGGCAUUAAAGAGUAAAUAAAUACUUUAAUACGAGAUCAGUAUUUUUGUUUCGUUUCUGAAUUUGCUUCAUCCGCUGUAGCAGGCCUACACAGUUCAUCCGGCCUGUCUGGAAGUGUAGCCUAAUCCUCACACACUGCACUUUAAAGUUUCUGUUGUGAUGAGUGCACUUAAACACGAUGAAACAAACAUGGCAACCGUGUCAGGCGGCAAGUUUCUGCAGGUCAUUUAUAACAUGCCACCCUUUAGUACCAAGACAGAGCCCUAUUUCUCAACAGUGGAGUGAGACUGAAGUUAUACUGCUAACGCUUGCAUAACACCAUUACAAUCGCCUCGCGUCUGUUAAUGACACUGUAAUAAUCGCUAACUGUCUUUACAUUGUUGUUGUUGUUUUUUUACCGCUCAAGGUAACUCCCAAACCAAAUCCUAACGGUAUUUUCUCUGUGUGCAUCGUUCGUGUUGUAGCAUGUCAAAAAGUAACUGUCGGAGAGAAAAUACCCGAGGGCUGAACGCAGACGGAGAGAGUGCGCUUCUUUAACGCGCCGCCAGGUGUCGCUCCUGCUGACUUUAUUACUGCACUUUUUUGGGGCUAACGUUUCUUGACGCAAACACGUGGUCGCAUUUGUCUUCCAUCUAUCCAAACGGUUCUUUAUGACUUAUUGGCGUAUAAAAACGACACAAGGCAAACUUCACAGAUGCUGACCUGCCAAGAGAGGCCACUGCCAAUCUGUCAGACUGAUCCAUAUAAGGGAGGCCAAGGAUAGUCACUGUAUUUUAUAGUAGUUUUACUGUUUAAAUUAGUCCUAAAAGCAUAUGAUAAUAUACUCAAUGGAAGUUUGACAUUGUGAGGUAUGUGUUUAUUCAUAAAGUUACUUCCAAAUGUAAAUAAUGAGAAUUAUUGACUAGAGUAAAAUUGUGACAUCUAGUCCGGUCUCUACAAAUGCUUUUGCUAUUUAAUUCAUCCACAUGCAUUUCAUGUUUUGCAUUUCUGUUUUGUUUCACUGUAAAGAACUGAAACGGUACAAAACAGGUAAAACAUCUGUGGGAAAAAAAAACAAUACAGGAAAUACCUUAAUAUUAACACAAACAUUGUGGCCCAUUUUUUUGGACUUUUAGGGCUGUUGUAUUUAAUAAAUCUUUUCGGUUUUUCCUGUUCUUUGGCAGAAGCCGUUUCCACGUUUUAAUGUUAGUUACGCUUGACGGUAUCACUUCUAAAAUUUGAUUAAAACAAAUUGAAUACAUCUGAAAUUAGUGCAUAAGUAACUUAUGUAGCAUCUGUAAAUAUCCCAUUUGAAUUCAACAAAUAGAUGGGUAUUCAAGUCUGGGAAAAUGAAUAAAAUAGGAAUUGUGGAUAGAAAUUAACAGUAGCUUGAGUGAAGAUACCAAUAAUAAAAUUGUAGUAGCAAAAAUGCUGCAGUGAAUUCCUUUUACUGUUUUUAUUUUUGAAUACUUGAUUUAUGUCACUGAUAUUUUGUGCUUGGUCGAUAUAUAUAUUUUCAAAAAAGUUUAAAUAUCUCUGUAGAUAUCAUGAUCGGCUAAGCUGUGCUUUUUUUUGAAUGUGUAACUAACAUGAAAUAUGCUUUCGUUAAAAUCAUUUUAUUAAAGCUAUGGCAAUUCUGAACAUACAGAUAACACAAAAAAACUCUUAAAAUGUGAGCAUAUACAGUA